AUAUAGAUCAGUUAUACUGUACUACAAAGCUCUAGGUUGUCUCUGGAAAUGUCCCAUCAAGAGACCAUGUAAUAUUUACUCUCCCCUCUGCCUUUCUUAGGUCAUGAUGGCUACUUGGACCAGCAGGAAAAAACGCGUAGCCAUGAAGGUCUCAGAGAAGACACCAGAGACUGAGAUGGAAGUCCGCGUGCUUAAGGUUGCUAAGGGCAGCCCUUUCCUAUGUCACGCCUAUGGGGCCUUUCAAUCAAAGAACCAUGCCUAUAUCAUCCUGGAGUACAUCAGAGGGGGUACACUUAUGGCUGCGAUGAGGAAGGCAGGACACCUGAAGGAAGACACCAUCGCGUUCUACGCAGCAGAGAUGAUUUGCGGCCUGCAGUUCCUUCAUUCCAACGGGAUCAUCCAUCUUGACCUGAAACCAGCUAACAUCCUGCUAGACGGAGAAAGCCACAUAAAAAUAGCUGACUUUGGUCUGGCAAUGGACAACAUGGUCGGGAACACCACCACCACAGGCCUGGUUGGAACAUUCAGAUAUAUGGCACCAGAGGUGAUCCAAGGAGAGGAGUACGGCGCAGCAGCAGAUUGGUGGUCUUUGGGUAUCAUCAUCUACCAAAUGGCCACCUCCACAUUCCCAUUUUCUACCACAGAUGGGAAACAACUGUCAGCACUCAAGGAUGAGCCCUUUUAUCCCAGAUGGCUCAGUAAAGAACUGGUGGAUUUUCUGCAAGCACUAUUGAAGAAAGACCAGCAUCUUCGCCUUGGCACAACCGGGAACAUCAGGAAGCACCCUUUCUUCCAUCAUAUUGACUGGGUGCAACUGGAAAAUCGCCAAGUACAACCACCUUUCCAGCUAGCAGUGCGAUCAGUUGAGGACUUCUGUGACUCCGAUGGAGACUCUCCAUUUUUUUCAAGGAAUAAGAUCAGGAAUGGUGGUAACAGAGUCCUAGAGGAUUUCUCCUUCCUGGAUCCCAGCCUCCAGGAGUAAGUGCCAUGUGACAUCC